UCAUGCUGCUGCCAGGUCCAGAGUGUGUCAUGGGUCCCUGUACGGCCUCCCAUUGCUGCUGUCUCCAUCGCCACACUCUGCCAUGUGCCACUUUCAGGUCUCCUCACACUGCUGGUGGGUUCCAUUUUGUCAUAGGGUGCUGGUGCUGUAUGGCCUCCCAUUGCUGCUGCCAGGCCCGUAAUCUGUCAUGGGCCCCUGUACCGCCUCCUCAUGCUGCUGCCAGGUCCAGAGUGUGUCAUGGGUCCCUGUACGGCCUCCCAUUGCUGCUGUCUCCAUCGCCACACUCUGCCAUGUGCCACUUUCAGGUCUCCUCACACUGCUGGUGGGUUCCAUUUUGUCAUAGGGUGCUGUAUGGCCUCCCAUUGCUGCUGCCAGGCCCGUAAUCUGCCACGGGCCCCCGUACCGACUCCUCAUGCUGCUGCCAGGCCCGUAAUCUGUCAUGGGCCCCUGUACCGCCUCCUCAUGCUGCUGCCAGGUCCAGAGUGUGUCAUGGGUCCCUGUACGGCCUCCCAUUGCUGCUGUCUCCAUCGCCACACUCUGCCAUGUGCCACUUUCAGGUCUCCUCACACUGCUAGUGGGUUCCAUUUUGUCAUAGGGUGCUGU